GUUUCCUAAAAACCGAACAGACAUCAGGAGCUCACGAGAAUAUGUAAAUGCUUCCAUCUCCACAUCUUACCUGCAAUUUUUCUAUUUUUCUGAUCAGCACUUCAUCACUGAUCCCUGUUCAAUCUUCUCAGUAAACGUUUUUUUUCUCUCGCUAAUACUUUACCGCGAGCCAAACACUCAUCUCGACACCUCACAGGCCAUGAUUAAAGUUGAAGUUCUUUAUCUUUUCAAUCGACUUCCUGUUCUUCAGUGCCAAACCCUAGUGUUCUCUCUUUGUUAGUGAACGCAUUUUUCUGCAUCUUGUGUGAAUUUAAGGAGUAAUGAAUGGUAAUUCGUGACCAAAUUCACAAUAUCUGAUUAUGGACAAAGAGACCGAGCUACUCUCGCGCCUCGCCGCGAACCACCUCUACCUUGCCCAAUACGAGCCGCUCCGAGCGACUCUUAUUGCGCUUCGGGGUCGGAACCCCGAACUUGCCCUCGAGAUUCUUCAGACGAUCGUUGCUCAGGCGGGCCGCUUCGAGAACAUCGUAUGGUCUCCUUCCUGCCCCUCUCCGUCGCUCUUAACGUAUUUAUCAACUCUUGAGCUACUGCAAUUCAACAACGGAACGUCAUUGACAUGGAACUUUGACCCUGAUAUGCUGCGGUUGCGCGUGGAGUUCUUCUUGAUGGUGCAGAUGUUGAUUGAUCGCAUGUCUGAGAGUAUAAAAAGGACUGUUGACUUAGAUAGCUUCGAUAGAGGGAAGGAAGGGGGGGGAUCAGGUGAGAGUGAGGGUUUUCAAACAAAAUCAGAGUUACUAGACAGUAACGAGGAGCCUCAGGAUGUGAAUGGUAACUUGGGCGAUUGCAUGCGUGCUUUAGAUUAUUUGUUGGAGUUGGGAGUUAGGAGGUUGAAGCCAGAUAUAGCAGUAGAUAUUGUUGGUGGCUUCGGUCAUUAUGGUGAUCUUGGGACUGAGAGAGAGGUGGUUUCUCGAUCUGUAUCUACUGAGGAAGGGGAUUUAGCGUGUUUGAAGAGGGUGGUUUUGGAAUAUGCAGAUGUUUUUGAUGUGUUGAGUGGGAAUAUACAAAGUCAAGUGAAGGAGUGGGAGGGGACUGUUUCAAGUUUUGCCAUUACUGUGCACAAGGACGAGAAGGCAGGGGCAGGUUUAUCCUUGGAGGAAGAUGUGAAGGUCCUUGGUUUGUUACGAAAGACUAUCCAGUUAGCACAUUUAGAUGCUAUAAAAGACCUUGUGAAUGAUGGAGAUGAGGAAGGGGGGAUGCGUCAAAUUCGGUUUCUUCACCUUGGUUAUGGGGUGGAGGAGGUUGAGUAUCGAACUGUUUUGCAUGAUCUCCUUAAGAGAGUUUUAUCAAGAAGGGAGAGAUUUGGAGACUCCUGGACUGGCAUGCGAGAAAAAAUGAUGCGGAUUUAUGGAGAGGCUCUUUCAUCUAGCUGCAGACAUCUUGUUGAAAUGAUUCAGAUGAUUCAUGAUGACUUGCUCCGUGAAGAGAUUGAGACCUAUCAAGCUCUUAAUAAUAACCAAACUCCUCCCCCUCUUCAGCGUCUUCAGAGUUAUCUUGGAGAAAUGAAACUUGAUGGAGAUUCAAAUGGAAAAUCUUCGCCCUUGAAUGUUGCUAUCAAUUAUUGCAUGAGUGACAUGUACCAUUAUGCCCGGGUUUCUGGUCUUCAUAUACUUGAAUGUGUCAUGGAUACCGCCCUUGCAGCUGUUGAGAGGGAGCAUCUUCAAGAGGCUAGCCAUAUUAUUGCAUUGUUUCCCCGACUUAGUCCCUUGGUAGCCGCCAUGGGUUGGGAUCUAUUGUCUGGUAAGACAAAUGCUCGAAGGAAAUUAAUGCAAUUUCUGUGGACCAGCAAGUCACAAGUGUAUCGGCUGGAAGAAUCAUCCCUAUACAGUAAUCAAUCCGAUGAGAUAUCUUGCGUGGAACAUCUGUGCGAUUCAUUGUGUUAUCAGCUUGAUAUUGCCGCUUUUGUCGCAUGUGUCAACUCUGGCCAAUCAUGGAAUUCUAAAUCCUCAUUGCUCUUAUCUGGUAGUGAACAAAUAGUGCUUGGAAGUGAAGAUACUCAAUUAGACUCUUUUGUUGAAAACUUUGUUCUGGAAAGACUUUCUGUGCAAGGCCCCCUUCGGGUAUUAUUUGAUGUUGUUCCAAGCAUAAAAUUUCAAGAUGCCAUUGAACUAAUCAGCAUGCAACCAAUUUCUUCUAAUACAGCAGCCUGGAAGAGGAUGCAAGAUAUUGAACUUAUGCGUAUGCGUUAUGCUUUGGAAUCGACUGUUCUUGCACUAGGAGAGAUGGAAAGGAGUAUUACCAGUGAAAGAGAGAGUCAUCACCAAGUGGCUUUAUGCCAUUUAAAGGACUUAAGGAAUCAUUUGGAGGCCAUCACCAACCUUCCACGCAAGAUAAUGAUGGUGAAUGUUAUAAUUUCACUUUUACAUAUGGAUGGUGUCUCUCUCAAUUUGACGCAUUGUGCCUCACCAAGGAGCUCUUCAGAAUCACCCUCUACGUUUGCAUGGGAACAUAGAGAUCUCACAACAUGUGAAGGGGGAAACAAAAUGGUUAUAUCUUUCACAGAAUUGCUACUUGAUAUAUUGCAUCGAAAUCUUCCUCCAAGCAUCGUUGAGCAGGAGUGUUCAUUGGAUGAUGGUAUAAGUAUCAGUGGAAGACAGGCAUUAGAGUGGAGAAUCUCAACUGCCAAACAUUUUCUUGAUGAUUGGCAAUGGCGGUUGUCAAUUUUCCAGUGUCUUCUACCGUUAUCAGAACGCCAGUGGAGAUGGAAGGAGGCAUUGACUGUAUUACGUGCUGCCCCAUCAAAGCUACUCAAUCUUUGCAUGCAGAGGGCAAAAUAUGACAUCGGAGAGGAGGCAGUCCAUCGAUUUUCAUUAUCUGCUGAAGAUAGAGCUACUCUUGCAUUGGCUGAAUGGGUAGAUAGUGCCUUCAGUAAAGCAUCUGUUGAAGAUGCAGUGUCUCAUGCUGCUGAUGGAACUUCAGCGGUGCGAGAUCUAGACUUCUCCUCUCUACGCUCCCAGCUAGGUCCUUUGGGUGCAAUUCUUCUUUGUAUUGAUGUCGCUACAACUUCUGCAAGGUCUGCUAGAAUGUCUCAACAACUUCUAGAUCAGGCUCAAGUUAUGUUAUCUGAGAUAUAUCCAGGAGGUUCUCCAAAAGUAGGCUCCACUUACUGGGAUCAGAUCCAUGAAGUUGGAAUCAUUUCUGUUUCACGCCGUGUUCUCAAGCGUCUGCAUGAGUUUUUGGACCAGGAUAAUCCACCUGUUCUUCAGGCUAUUCUAUCCGACAAUAAUUUUGUUUCUUCAUCAAAGGAAUCUCAACGCCAGGGCCAAAGGGAACGUGCUCUUGCUCUUCUACAUCGGAUGAUCGAAGACGCUCACAGGGGCAAGCGGCAAUUUUUGAGUGGUAAGCUUCAUAAUCUUGCAAGAGCUAUUGCUGAUGAGGAAAUGGAGCUAAGUGUUACUAAAGGAGAUGGUCCAUAUACUGAACGAAAAUUUUUGUCAGAUUAUGAAAAGGAUGUGGUUCUUGGCCUGGGGUUAAAAGCUGUUAAGCAGAUACCCUUAAGUUCAACAGCAGAAGAAAAUAGUGCUCAGCCUGUUGGUUUCGAUAUAAACGAUACAGGAAACAGACUGUUUGGUCCAUUAAGUGCGAAGCCCACAACCUAUCUGUCACAAUUUAUCCUCCAUAUUGCUGCAAUCGGUGAUAUAGUUGAUGGGACUGAUACAACUCAUGAUUUCAACUUUUUCUCGCUUGUUUAUGAGUGGCCAAAAGAUCUUUUAACUAGAUUGGUCUUUGAGCGAGGCAGCACUGAUGCAGCUGCAAAGGUUGCUGAAAUUAUGUGUGCUGAUUUUGUCCAUGAAGUAAUUUCUGCAUGUGUACCUCCAGUUUAUCCUCCAAGAUCAGGUCAUGGAUGGGCAUGCAUUCCGGUCGUUCCUACUUGUCCUAGGAGUUCCUCAGAAAACAAAGUAUUAUCCCCAUCUUCUAAAGAAGUUAAGCCUAAUUGUUACACUCGUUCCUCGGCAACUCCUGGUGUCCCUCUAUAUCCUCUCCAGUUGGAUAUUGUGAAACAUUUAGUUAAAAUAUCUCCCGUCAGAGCUGUAUUAGCAUGUGUUUUUGGUAGUGGUAUAUUAUAUAGUGGAUGUGAUUCUUCUAUAUCUGGAUUCUUGGAUGGUGAAUUACUACCAGCACCUGAUGCUGACCGACUGUUUUACGAGUUUGCUCUUGAUCAAUCUGAGAGGUUCCCGACUCUGAAUCGGUGGAUACAAAUGCAAACUAACCUUCAUCGAGUUUCUGAGUUUGCUGUAACAACACAGAAAAAGGCUGGUGAUGGCAAGGGUAAACCUGAAGGAAGAGUGGCUAUCAAGAGACUCCGUGAGCAUGACAGUGAUACUGAAUCAGAAGUUGAAGAUGUUGUUGGUACUAGUAAUCCAACCUCUUUGCCAUACAUCAGCCAUAAAGGCACUGUAGCUUCUGAAACUUGGCUUGAUUCCUCAAAAGGUGAAACCGCUGAUCUUGAUAAUACAGUGUAUCUUUCUUUAGAUUGGGAGAAUGAUGAAGCCUAUGACAAAGCUGUUGAGAGACUGAUUGACGAAGAAAACCUACUGGAUGCCCUUGCACUUUCUGAUCGCUUUUUACGUGAUGGAGCUUCAGAUAAUUUACUUCAGCUACUUGUUGAACGAGGUGAAGAAAACAUUUCAAUCUCAGGACAGCCUCAAGCCCAUGGAGGCUGUAGUAAUAGUUGGCAGUAUUGCCUGCGGUUGAAGAAUAAGCAACUUGCAGCUCAACUCGCACUCAAGUUUAUGCACAGAUGGGAGCUUGAUGCUGCUUUGGAUGUUCUCACCAUGUGCAGCUGCCACCUCUGUGAAAGUGAUCCAGUUAGGAAUGAGGUCUUGCAAAUGAGACAAGCUUUGCAAAAGUACAGUCAUAUUUUAAGCGCAGAUGAUCGUCAUAGUAGCUGGCAGGAGGUUGAAGCGGAAUGUAAGAAAGAUCCUGAGGGAUUAGCACUUAGAUUAGCUGGGAAAGGAGCUGUGUCUGCUGCUUUAGAAGUGGCUGAAAGUGCAGGGUUAUCCAUCGAUCUGCUGAGAGAGCUACAGGGUCGACAACUUGUGAAACUUCUGACUGCAGACCCUCUCAAUGGUGGCGGUCAUGCCGAAGCAUCACGUUUUCUCUCUUCACUACGUGACUCUGAUGAUGCUUUACCAGUUGCAAUGGGUGCAAUGCAGCUACUACCCAACCUUCGGUCAAAACAACUUCUUGUUCAUUUCUUCCUGAAACGAAGAGAUGGGAAUCUGUCGGAAGUCGAGGUUUCACGGCUUAACUCAUGGGCCUUGGGUCUUCGUGUUCUGGCAGCCUUGCCCUUGCCAUGGCAGCAAAGAUGCUCUUCCUUGCAUGAACACCCGCAUUUGAUUUUGGAGGUUCUUCUGAUGAGGAAACAGCUGCAAUCUGCUUCUGUGAUCCUUAAAGAAUUUCCUUCUUUGAGAGACAACAAUGUAAUUGCUACAUAUGCUGCAAAAGCUAUCGCGGUCAGUAUUAGCUCUCCCUCUAGAGAACAUCGGAUAUCUGUAUCAGGUACAAGACCGAAGCCGAAAACCAGGACAGGUGUGCCUGCAAGGUCGUCUUUUACUAGCAGUCUAAGUAACUUGCAAAAAGAGGCUCGUAGAGCUUUUUCGUGGGCACCACGAAAUACUGGAGAUAAGACUGCUCCGAAAGAUGUUUACCGUAAAAGGAAGAGUUCAGGAUUAUCACCGUCUGAAAGAGUUACAUGGGAGGCCAUGGCUGGAAUUCAAGAGGAUCGCAUUUCCUCGUUUUCUGCAGAUGGGCAAGAACGACUCCCCUCUGUUUCAAUCGCAGAGGAAUGGAUGCUGGCAGGUGAUGCCAAUAAGGACGAAGCUGUUCGUGCAUCUCACCGAUAUGAAAGUGCUCCAGACAUCAUUCUCUUCAAGGCUUUGCUCUCUUUGUGUUCUGACGAGUCUGUAUCUGCCAAGACUGCCCUGGAUUUGUGUAUGAAGCAGAUGAAGAAUGUAUUGAGCUCUCAGCAAUUACCUGAGAAUGCAUCCAUGGAAACAAUUGGUCGAGCGUAUCAUGCCACUGAGGCAUUUGUACAGGGACUAUUUCAUGCAAAAUCGCUGCUGAGAAAGCUCGUUGGGGGUAGUGACUUGUCCAGUAAUUCAGAAAGAAGUAGAGAUGCUGAUGACGCAUCUUCUGAUGCUGGUAGUUCUAGUGUGGGUAGUCAGUCCACAGAUGAGCUAUCUGAAGCUCUAUCACAGGCUGACAUUUGGCUGGGACGUGCUGAGUUGCUUCAAAGUCUUUUGGGGUCGGGAAUUGCUGCUUCUCUUGAUGAUAUUGCUGAUAAAGAGUCAUCUGCCCAUCUCCGUGAUAGGUUGAUUGUCGAUGAACGGUAUAGCAUGGCCGUAUAUACUUGCAAGAAGUGCAAGAUUGAUGCUUUUCCAGUCUGGACUGCAUGGGGACAUGCUUUGAUUCGAAUGGAGCACUAUGCGCAAGCUCGUGUGAAAUUCAAGCAAGCUCUUCAGCUCUAUAAGGGUGAUACUGCCCCUGUCAUUCUGGAGAUCAUUAACACAAUUGAAGGAGGUCCACCUGUGGAUGUGUCAGCUGUUCGUUCCAUGUAUGAACAUUUGGCUAUAAGUGCGCCUACAAUCUUGGAUGAUUCUCUUUCUGCAGACUCGUAUCUCAAUGUUCUGUACAUGCCGUCUACAUUUCCACGUUCAGAGAGGUCCAGGCGGUCCCAAGAAUCUGCAAAUAACAGUUCCGCACAUAAUUCUGACAUUGAAGACGGACCUCGUAGUAACCUGGACAGCAUUAGAUACACGGAAUGUGUCAACUACUUACAAGAAUAUGCUCGCCAACAUUUGCUCAAUUUUAUGUUUAGGCAUGGUCACUAUAAUGAUGCUUGCGCACUGUUCUUUCCUCCAAACACUGUUCCCCCACCUGCUCAACCUUCUACAAUGGGAGUAGUAACUUCAUCUUCAUCCCCUCAAAGACCAGAUCCUUUGACAACUGAUUAUGGAACCAUCGAUGACCUGUGUGACAUAUGUAUUGGUUAUGAUGCAAUGUCUGUUCUGGAGGAUGUGAUAUCUACAAGAAUGUCAGCCGCAGAAUAUGAUGUGGCGGAAUAUCAGUAUACAGCUGCAGCUCUUGCCCGUAUUUGCACCUAUUGUGAAACACAUAGGCAUUUCAAUUAUCUAUACAAGUUUCAGGUUAUUAAGAAGGAUCAUGUCGCUGCUGGACUUUGCUGUAUUCAGUUAUUUAUGAAUUCUUCCUUGCAAGAGGAAGCCAUCAAACAUUUGGAACAUGCUAAGAUGCACUUUGAUGAAGGGCUGUCAGCUCGGUACAAGGGUGGAGAUUCCACAAAGCUCGUCACAAAGGGUAUCAGAGGAAAAAGUGCCUCUGAAAAGCUCACUGAAGAGGGGCUAGUGAAGUUUUCUGCCAGGGUGUCAAUCCAGGUGGAAGUUGUAAAAUCCUUUACUGAUUCAGAUGGACCACAGUGGAGACAUUCACUCUUUGGAAAUCCAAAUGAUCCAGAAACCUUCAGGAGAAGGUGUGAGAUCGCUGAGACCCUUGUGGAGAAGAAUUUCGACUUGGCAUUCCAAGUGAUAUAUGAAUUUAAUCUUCCUGCUGUUGAUAUAUAUGCUGGUGUUGCUGCAUCUCUUGCCGAGAGGAAAAAAGGCAGCCAGUUGACGGAAUUUUUUAGAAACAUAAAAGGAACCAUUGGUGAUGAUGAUUGGGACCAGGUAUUGGGGGCUGCGAUAAAUGUAUAUGCGAAUAAACACAAAGAACGCCCUGACCGCCUAAUAGACAUGUUAACAAGCAGUCACCGGAAGGUGCUGGCUUGUGUGGUCUGUGGUCGCCUAAAAAGUGCUUUUCAAAUUGCUUCUCGAAGUGGAAGUGUGGCCGAUGUUCAAUAUGUAGCUCAUCAGGCAUUACAUGCAAAUGCACUACCGGUGCUAGAUAUGUGUAAACAGUGGUUGGCCCAGUACAUGUAGUUUGUUGCUCGAGGACAAUCAAGGUAUAUCUUCCUUAGCCAAUAUGUUGGUCUUAGUAAUUUGUUGGCACAAAGAAUGUCGGAAAGCUAUUAAAUUCAAUCAUGUAUUACUGGAGGAAUCGAGGGUGGCUCCAGAUGCUUGCAUUGAAGACCAGUGGUGUGAAUUUCGAAAAUAAUAUCUGUUGGUUCCUGUUAUCAGCAUUCUAUUUCCUUUCUUUCCCCAACCCCAAGUGGUCAUUGUUGCUACUUUUUGGCUGCUGGGUUACUUCAGAUCCUGAGUGAUCAUGUCAAAAAUGUGGGCAUGUUUGGAAGAGGAGCAGAUGAGGCAAAAUUUUACAGCCGAACCACAUUUGUUAUUGUACUACCAACAAUCUAAACAAGUUGCUGCUAUUGGAAAUUGGAAAUUCACCAGGAAGUGGUGUUGGGACGUUGACUAGUGAAUGAUUUCGGCUUUCAUCUGAUAUCUUGGGGAUAUAAGAGAUUUGAGAACAGCUAUUGAAUUUGGCAUCUUGUGAAUGUAGCAAAGGUAACCCUUUCACCUUAACCGGCAGUUGUAUGCUAAAUGUUGGAAAGUAGGAGCGAGGAAAUGGUGAGAAGAGGCGUAUGUUUAUGUUUCUUCUUCUGCUUUUGCCUGUAUAAAAUUGUCUUUUGCUCUCAAAGAAAAUGUAUAAUAGAACGUCUGUGAGGAAUUUUUUGUGUGCCCGUUUGAGGGAGAAACUAUAUUUAAGUAGGCAUUUGUUAGGAGCCUUUCCUGCUCUUUCAAAGGCCUUCAAAUCGGAUAUGUACUGACCUACCUUUCCUCUAUAAGUUUCAGUUGUAUUUGAUGCAGGGAAGCUGGAGGGAGUGAUAUACUUGCUGCCGAGGAAGUUGCAGUAUACAAUUUCCCCUCCGGUGAGUUUUUACCCAAACAGCAUCAUUUGAAAUUUUGAAUAACAAAGUUUAGAAGGUUGACUUUCA